GUGAUGUUGCACGUGAGUUUCAUUAGCAACGCGAUUGCGUGUUGUUCGUUUCAGACGUCGGUAACUUGUUGUUUCGUAGACUAUGACAGAAGAGGGUAAAUCUGAUUUUCGUGUCGACAACACCACUAGCCACACCACACUGAACUUUGUGUAUAACUAUUACGAAACAUCUGAAGACGUUUUGUCCAGUGAUCCUUUCCAUGCAGUUGUUUGGAUGUUACUUUCAAUAGGAAUUAUUGGCAACAUAUUGGUUGUGGUGUGGAGAGUCACAGCGAAUAGAGAUCAGAGAUCGUCUUCUGUCUCGAUCCUCGUCAUCAUGCUAUCAGUAUCAGACUUUUUGUAUUGUGUUCAUUUGCUUCUUCUGGAGAGUUUGGUGGCUGAUGUUGAUCUAGACCAAACAAAGCAUCUGUCAUACAUCUCUGCUGAUAACAUGUGCAUGACAAGUGCAUGUCUGUCUUGGUUUUCUUGUCUCACAGCUCAGUGGGCAACUUUUAAUAUUGCAGUUUACUCGUUCCAAGCAAUGAGCGAGUUCUGUUCUCGUUGUUGCUGUUCACUAGUUCGAAAGCGAAUUGUAGUCAUCACAAUCAUCUGCCAAGUUUUGAUCAACAUUGCAGUGAUUAGUGUUUACGUGAUUGACAAAGAAGACUUUAGUUCUGAUUAUGAUUACUUGUUUGAUCUAUCACUACAAGAUUAUGACAAAGAUACAAUCGAUUACCUACAUAUAAAUAUAAUCAAUAACGUCGAACAUACAGAAACCUACAACGGGACAGAAUUUUCUAGUUACUCAAAACGUGAACGUAUUGCCGAAAUAUUUGGACGUUGCGCUUUGACACAAACAAAUGGAUAUGGAUAUUGCUAUAGCUCUAGUAGGUCAUUCACACACGACAACCAGACAACGAUCUACAAUUCCAGUGAAUGCACAAUUACUAGUUAUUCCGUCAAUAGUUCGUACUCGUACGUUUUUAGUUCUGUAGCAACACUAGUACCAUUAAUCACAGCUUCUCUAGGUACUGUUCUUACAUUGACAUCUGCUUUUCUCUAUUUAUUUGUGUGUCUAAAGCUCCGUACAAGAGCAGCAAACUUAGCGGGAAGAUCUGACAUGCACAAACUUCAAUUGCGUUCGAGUGUAAUUGUUCUUCUGAACACUCUGUGUUGGAUUCCUGUGACUGUACUACAUUGGGUAACUCUUUCUGACGAAGUUAGUGUAGCAAAUGUGAAUUGGUCAAACGAUUCGACUGCAGCAAGUGUUCUUCUCAUCUCAAUCAGUCCAGCAGUUAAUCCUCUUAUCUACACAUUCACAGGAAAGAACUUUUUACAUUCAAUUCGCAAGUAUUGGAGACGACUAAAAUGCGACAUAUCUCUGAGACGAAAUCCCAACUACCUAGACGAUAACAUUAGAGGAGUUGAACGUUGCAGCUGUAUUCCAUGUGUGAGAUGUGUUCACCGAGAUGAAGAGAAUGAUCCAGACUACUGGCAUACUCAAGAUUCUUCUGACUGGAAUUCUGAGCAGAGCAGACUCCUGCAGUCUACUAGCGAGUAAAGUGAAACUAGUUAAUAGAUUCACAUCAGCUACUGUUUCAUGGUAAACAAUUAAAGAGUAACAGUUUUCAAUGUGCAUGUGUUAGUAAAUUAUAUUGCUAAUGAUGGAUGUUUGCUGAUAAGAUUGUGCGCAUGCUCACUAGGUCAUGUGUUUUAAACGACAUUUGACAUCUGGUAACGUUGAUGAUUACAAUUUUAAUAUUAAUUGAUAUCACCGA